GAAAUGCAGCAACCAGACCACCAAGAAGUCUGAGUGGGGGCAAUGGGGCUUGCAGUUGUGGCUAUCUUUGUCCCUCUCCGCUCCCCUGCAAUCAUCCUAGAUUCCACUGUCUCGGCCUUGAGCGCUGAAGCCCUUGACCUUGGGAUAUGGAAUGAUGGGGUUUCUUGGUGGAGUGGCGGUGGUGGUGGCGCCCAUCCCACACUCCCACUAACAGGUAACUGCAGCCACAGCCUUUGCUGCUAGGCGAGUGGAUGUCUGAAUCACGCAGCCGGUUUUGCUAUCUCCAAGGACUUUCUUCAUCGGAAUCCUUGAGGAGUUGUUCUGCGGUGGAAAUUUCUGAAUUUGCUUGGGCGACUCACUCGGCGUUGCUUUUUGGCCGCUCUUUUGGCUUUGGAUGGGUGUGGGAGCGAGGACGAGACAGGACCAGUGCCAGUCUUCCAAGUUCACAGCACCCACCAAUCCACCAACCAUUACCUCUGUUCCUUCCCAUCGCAUUUGGUCAGAAAUGUUUCCUCUCUGUCUAAGCUGGGAGCGUCAACAUCACUAUCUUUUGCCCAGCCAAUUGCCAUGCUUAGGUUUGGUUAAUCUCAUUCAUUAAGAUCAACAAAGGUGCACAGCUUUCGAUUACUUAUGACGGUGCUUCGUCUAGGCAACAAAUUAUAACAAAAAGGGCCCAUCACUAGAGAUAGUUACAGUUAUUCUGUUCCUACAUGUGAGUGAUAUAGUUGCAGAAAGAUCCCUUUGCAGUAGUAGUUAGCGAUUCUGCAGCUGCGAUAGGAGGUGUCUGGCGUUUAUGUCCCCUUCAGGUUCAGCAGCAUAACGUGAAUUAGUUGUUUCCAUGAAUAUAAAUAGUUUCUCAUUCCAUUCCCUGUCUAAAUGUAAUACUAGCAAAGAAAUGAGCAUGUCGGUGUGACCUGAAGAUUAGAACUCAGUGGAUAGUUGUGGACUAUCUGCUUGAUGAUAAUAUCGUGCUACCACCACAUGUUCGAUUGAUUGUUUGUGAGACUUCAGGUGCUAGUGCUAGGCUUUCCAUGUAGCAGAUGGUUCACUUCUAGGCCGAACAGUUUCGGGUUCACCAGUGCCUAAAUACAGAUUAAAUUCUCCGUGAUGAGACUGUAUGAGAUCACAGCUAGUAAGACACUGCUAUCGCCUUCCCAUUUUAUUGUUUUCCUAACUGUGUCGGCAUCAGUUGCUGUGAAGUAUGAACUCAGCUUGUCUUUGGAUUUUAUAUGACUUCAUGAACCUUGAAGGUGCCGACAGAUUUGUCUGUGAAUGUGAUUGGUGCAAAAAGAAGUUACUUGAGUAGAUUGAUUAUACUGUUCUGUAAUAUUUUGAUAAUUUGAUUGGGUGGAACAUUGCCUAUAGCAGGUCGCGUUUUAUCAAAAUAGCACACUUGGUUUUUUAUUUUUCCAAGCUUAAAAGCCACAGGCCUUUACAAAUUAAAUUGCAUUCCUUUUACUCCUCCAUUUUGAUAGUUACACGUCAAGGAAACAGGCUCCACUUGGUCUUCCUUAGUUGUCUGAUCCCAGAAAGUGUUAAAGGUAACCUAGUUUGUUGGUCGCACUAGAAAAGAUCUUGUCUAGAUUCUCCUACAAGGCAGCUUGCACAAGUAGUGUUUGUUAAACUUGUAAUUUGGGAAUUAAAAUCCUAUUCAUUUAGCUCUAGUUGUCUAGUAUUAGUUCUGAUGGUACAGUAUUGCUUUUUGUGGUCCUGAAUCCUGAUUAUAGCCUACAGUCUACAACAACAAUAUUCUGAGUCAUGCUUUUAUCAUUCUUCCUUUUUGUUCCUACAUCCCUUCUGUGUUGUUAGACAUCAAUUUCAUUUUUCUGUUCAGUUAAUCAGUUUUACUCCAUAAGUUCCGAGUAUGCUCGAUUAGCUACAAAGGAUCAUACUGUCAUCAUGAUUAUGUGGGAAAACAUCUGUGCAGGCAGAAAGGUGCUCUGUCUCUGUAUUUCUGCAGUAGACAAAAUGCAUAUCGCAACAUCAUCCUAGGGAUGACUUAUUUUGGCAGCAAUUGUCUGCUCGUCAUGAGGGGUUCGGCAAGACAGUUUGAAAAUAAAAAAACUAAGGAGUUCGUGCGGUCAUAAAAGGAAAACCUUGUGUAUAGUAGCACAUGGGAAUCCUUGUGCAGGUAAGGAGGUGUUGUUGCCUGUUUGCUCUUCAUGCAACCAUAUAAGGAGGUAUAAUUAUCUGUUUGGUCUUGAAGAACUCCAGAAAAGCCACAUUUGCCAUUAUCAAUCCGUCCUCAGAUGUAUUUUUCUUUUCAUUAUUUUGUGUCACACAUGAAGCCAAAAGAACAUUUGGUAUAUGGAGGCAUGGAGCCUUGGAGGCUCAGUUGGAUUGACCACAAUUGACCUGCAUGGAUAUGAGGCGGCAACUGGACAAGUCAACAUGGAUAAUCAAACACAUGCGUAAACCAAAUUUUUGCUGUGUUGAUCCAAUGAUGCACAUAUCUAUGCAAUAAUGCAUCUAAAAGAUAAAAAGAUUGAUGGUCGGUGAAGCAUGCUGGUAGAUCUUUUUGGUAGAGUGAACAAAUAUGAUGAACCAGACUCAUGCAGUAAUGCCAAAGGGGAGUGUUUGGUAAGAUUCAUACUGUAUAUCUGACACAUUUUUUCUUUACCUCCAAUGGUACUGGAUAGUUUGCCUCUGGAUAUGGUUUUAUCUGCGAAUUAUACUAAACUUUCAUAUGCAGGUUUCCAUUUUGCUAUUAAUCUCUUUUGAAAUAGAAACUGUCCUCCGUCUUCUUGAGAACCAUAAUAGCAUAUAUUAAUCAUCAGUUAAGGAUCAGCACAUAAAAAAAUCUCGAGCCCUGAGGGAAAGACAUCCCACAAGGCAUUGCAUUAAGAAGUUUAUCUUUGAUCUGCAGGGACAAGGAAAGCCCCGAAUGCAAAACUGCCCAGACAUGCUUGCAGCAUGUAUAACCCUGGAGAUGGUAUAACUCAGCGAGGAGCCCCUUGGGCUUCUCAAUUCAUCCUAGGGAAUGCCUAAAACCAUAGGGAAACUUUCAUUUUCCAGUAGUGUAGGAUUGAACCCUAUUUGGUAGCCUCACAAGUCACAACUGGAGGACCUAUGGCUAUCCACCAUGCUAUUUGCACAGCACAUAGUGGAAUAAUGUUAGCGCUCUAAGCAUUCUUGUUGAUUGUAUGCAAAACACACCCUGGGUGGGAGGUUCAACACAUGGUAGAUGUGCUGCACAGCUUUUUUCUUUUACAAGUUAGACAGGUACAUGUUGCUGAAAAACAUAUAUAAGCUGAUAAAGAUUGAGGUUGGAUGACUACAAUUCUACUAAGUAGGGCACGUGAAGGACAUUUACCAUAAUUAAAGAAACAAGGUCCAUGCUGACUAAGUAUUAAUUAGUAUUUCCUGUGAACCAUGGGUGUUCAUUAUUUGUGAUAUCGCGUUGCUUUAAAAUGUUCAACGAAUGCAUAAUGCUUGCACAGGGUGUAAUGGCUACCAACAUCAACAUCCACAGUAAACUUUCCUGGUUCGUCACAUAAGCUGCACUCUUUUAAAAAAAUUAUUGUUGUUGAAACAUGAUCGGCAUCAGACAAGAAAAGCCCUUUCAUCUAAUUUCAUGGAAUACUGCUGGAUAUAUAAAUUUUAUGCAAAGCAGUAAAACUCUCUUUAGUUUGCUAUAACCUGGCUACUAUACAAAGGUAGACGUACUGUUUGUUUUGUCACUAAACUGGAUCUUUAAAGGUAUAAUGAUAUGAGCAUACAUAUGAUAUUCAUAUCUCAACAAUUGCAUUUACCUUUGAAAGUCUACCUUCAACGUUGGAGUUUAGCCUUUUAGUUAGUUAAACUGGGAGCUUGAGGUUAGCCUUUAGAGAAUUUCAAAAGCUACUACAUUCCAAGUUGUCUAUAGGCUAUAGCUAAUAGUUGGAUCUAAAAACAUUAGAUCAGAUGAUUAAAACACGAGGGCAAGAAGGUUAGGUUGCUAUGAACAAGCUUAGGUCUGUUAGUUAUCUUACACAUUGUACAGUAGCUAGACUCUGUACUUAACUCGAUAGGCUUAAUCAUCACAUCAGUGAUCUAUGGACUAGAUCACUAGAUGAAUAAGGCAGAGGGCAUGAUGCAGUCAUGGAGGGCUGUCAGAACCAAUUGUAGCUUUGCAAAGCUUGUCUUGCAAGCACCCUACAGCAUGGCACCAAGACAUGCCCCCACAGAAUAAUAUGUUAUGUCCUUUGUCUAUCUCCCUAUAUAUACCCCUGCCAUUCCAUUAAAGUCAUCUUGUAAAGCACAAUGGAAGUUUUUCUGCUGCUGCUUGUUGUUUUCUCUCUUUCCUUUGCCGUUUAUCCCAUUCAAUCUACUACAGGGUCUCAUACAGAUGUUCACAUUGUGUAUUUGGGCCACAACAAUGGCCUCAGUCCUUCUCUAACUUCACGGUCCCAUCUGCAACUUCUGUCAAGAGUCUUUACGAAGCCGGAUGAAGCAAGACAAGCUAUUCUGUACAGCUACAGCUGUGGAUUCUCUGGUUUUGCUGCACUGCUCAAUUCAACACAGGCUUGCACCUUGUCUGAAACAGAAGGGGUUAUAUCAGUAUUCAGGAGUAGGACACUGGAGCUCCAUACAACACGGAGCUGGGAUUUCAUGGGCCUCAAUCUGCACAUGCAAAUGGAACAGUCAUCCCAAAUGCAUUUUAAAUUUGGAGACGACAUUAUCGUCGGCGUCCUUGAUACAGGAGUUUGGCCUGAAUCCGAAAGCUUCAGGGAUGACCCCCACUACGGCCCCAUCCCGUCGUCAUGGCGCGGCACGUGCGUGAAAGGCGACUCCUUCGACCCGGCCACCGCAUGCAACCGCAAGCUCAUCGGCGCGCGCUACUACCUCGCCGGCAUCGAGAGCGAGCUCGGCCCGCUGAACACCAGCGACGGCGCGGAGUACCGGUCGCCGCGCGACCGCGUGGGCCACGGCACGCACACGGCGUCCACGGCCGUGGGGAGCAUGGUGCCCAACGCCAGCUACUUCGGCCUGGGCCGGGGCGCCGCCCGCGGGGGCGCGCCCAUGGCGCGGCUCGCGGUGUACAAGGUGUGCUGGUACAAGGACCUGACGGGCCGGUGCAGCGACGCCGACAUCCUGGCCGCGUUCGACGACGCGCUGUGCGACGGCGUGCACGUCGUGUCGGCGUCCCUGGGCUCGUCCCCGCCGCUGAUGCCGCUGUUCGCGACGAGCACCGAGAUCGGGGCGUUCCACGCGAUGCAGCGCGGCGUCGUGACUGUGUUCUCGGCCGGGAACGACGGGCCGGACGCGUCGAUGGUGCAGAACGUGUCGCCGUGGGGGCUCACCGUCGCCGCCAGCACCAUCGACAGGAGGUUCCCGACGGUGAUCACGCUCGGGAACAAUGCCUCCAUCGUGGGAGAGAGCUUCCUUGUGAAGGACAUGAAGAAGCGUCUGGUAGAGAGCAGCAGCGUCUUCACCGAUGGGACGUGCGCGUUCGAGCAGCUGAUAAACCGCACGGCGGCGUCGGGGAAGAUCGUCCUGUGCUUCGCCACCAUGGGAAUGGUGUCCAGCGAGGGUGCGGCGCUGGCGGUGUACGCCGGCAACGGCGACGGCGUGAUCUUCGCCGACACCAUCAGCCGGAAAGCGAGCCAGGACAACUUCUGGCCCACGGUCCACGUCGACCUGCACCAGGGCACCCAGAUCCUCUACUACAUCCGCGCCUCCAGGAAGGCGACGGUGCACAUUUCUCCGAGCAAGACCGUCGUCGGCAAAACGCCGGCACCGACCGUGGCGCACUUCUCUUCCAGAGGGCCAAGCUCCAUCACUCCCAACAUCCUCAAGCCCGAUGUCACUGCUCCCGGGGUGAACAUUCUGGCGGCAUGGCCGCCCAAAUCUUCGCCGACGGUGCUCCCCCUGGACAAGCGCUCGACGAACUGGAACUUCGACUCGGGCACGUCCAUGUCGUGUCCGCACGUCUCCGGCAUCGCCGCGCUCAUCAAGUCCGUGCACCCGACCUGGUCGCCGGCAGCCGUCAAGUCCGCGCUCAUGACCACAGCGUACAUGUACGACGACACGUCCGACGUGAUGCUGGCCGGCGGGACCCUGAAGGCGGCGGACGCCUUCGACGUCGGCGCAGGGCACGUGGACCCUCUCCGCGCGCUGGACCCGGGCCUGGUCUACGACGCCGGCGCGCGCGACCACGUGCUGUUCCUCUGCAGCCUGGGCUACACGGCGGUGCAGAUCCGGCAGAUGGUGCUCCCGGGCUCGUCGCUCGACACGAGCUGCCCCGGCGGCGGCGCGCCCCACGCCGCCGACCUCAACUACCCGGCCAUCGUGCUCCCGGACCUGAGCGCGCCGGUGAUCGUGAAGCGGACGGUGACCAACGUGGGCGCGAACCGCGGCGCCGUGUACCGCGGCGCGGUCGUCAGCCCGCAGGGCGCGCGCGCCGAGGUGUGGCCGCCGGAGCUGGCCUUCUCCCCGUACCACGGCGACAAGGCGUCCUACUACGUGAGCGUCACCCCCGCGAAGCCGUCGCGCGGGCGGUUCGACUUCGGUGAGAUCGUGUGGUCCGACGGCUUCCACCGCGUCCGCACGCCGCUGGUCGUCAGGGUGACCAACCUCCCCGACGACGGCGUCCGGGCCGCCGCCACGGGCGACCACGGCAGCCACGGCGCCACCGAUUAUCUACAGGCCGCCGCCUAGCGCCGCUGCCUCCGUCAGAACUCGUUCGAUUCCAGAUAUUUCGCGCGUGCGUGCGUGAGCGUGUGUGUGGGUGUGCCAUUGGUGGAGACAGACAGAUUUUUGCCACAAAAUUCCCGGGGGUUGCUGUCUGUCGACCGAUCCUUCUCCAGCAGGUCGUGCAGGAGACGGUCAGAGCUGCAGCUGCAAUCAUGCCCGGACUAUUGUAUGCCACUGGUUUGAUGAUUCACCUUGAGGUUUGGGAGCA